CCUGGCGCGGCCCUUCGGCUGCUUGGCAAGACUGCCUCGCUCGCUCUCAUCGCCGGGCAGCAGCAGCGCGAGGUGUUCGUGCGGCAGGAUGAGUGCAGGCUCUGAUCCCGUGGUCAUCGUCUCGGCGGCGCGGACCCCCAUAGGCUCCUUCAAUGGUGCCCUAGCCACCGUCCCUGCCCAUGACCUGGGCUCAUCUGUCAUCAAAGAAGUCCUGAGGAGGGCCGCUGUGGCUCCCGAAGAGGUGUCGGAGGUCAUAUUUGGACACGUUUUGGCGGCAGGUUGUGGGCAAAAUCCUGUUCGACAGGCCAGUAUGGGUGCAGGAAUCCCUUACGCCGUUCCAGCGUGGAGCUGCCAAAUGGUCUGUGGGUCAGGCCUAAAAGCCGUGUGUCUUGCAGCACAGUCAAUAGGGAUCGGAGACUCCAGCAUUGUGGUGGCAGGAGGCAUGGAAAGUAUGAGCAAGGCUCCUCACUUGGUUCACUUGAGGGCAGGAGUCAAGAUCGGGGAAAUGCCAUUGGCCGACAGCAUCCUCUGUGACGGGCUCACUGAUGCAUUCCACAACUAUCACAUGGGCAUAACAGCUGAAAAUGUAGCCAAAAAAUGGCAAGUGAGUAGAGAAGAUCAGGACAAGUGUGCAGUUCUGUCCCAGAACAGGACAGAGAGUGCACAGAAAGCUGGCUACUUUGACAAAGAGAUUGUACCGGUUUUUGUAUCUUCUAGAAAAGGUCUUACUGAAGUGAAAACAGAUGAGUUUCCUCGCCAUGGGAGCAACUUAGAAGCCGUAUCUAAGUUAAAGCCUUACUUUCUUACGGAUGGAACAGGAACAGUCACCCCAGCUAAUGCUUCAGGAAUAAAUGAUGGUGCUGCUGCUGUGGUUCUUAUGAAGAAGUCAGAGGCUGCUAAUCGAGGGCUCACACCAUUAGCACAGAUAGUUUCCUGGUCACAAGUAGGUGUGGAACCUUCCAUCAUGGGGACAGGACCAAUUCCAGCAAUAAAGCAAGCUGUUGCAAAAGCAGGCUGGUCCCUGGAGGAUGUGGACAUAUUUGAGAUCAACGAAGCCUUUGCAGCCCUCUCUGUUGCAAUAACUAAAGAACUUGGAUUAAACCCAGAGAAGGUCAACAUUCAAGGAGGGGCUAUAGCCUUGGGCCAUCCUCUUGGAGCAUCUGGCUGUCGGAUUCUUGUUACCCUGUUACACACAAUGGAGCGAAAGGGUGGACACCGUGGUGUUGCUGCCCUGUGCAUAGGGGGUGGGAUGGGCAUAGCAAUGUGUGUUCAGAGAGGAUGAAAUUGCUUAACAAUUACCUGUGUUGGAACUCAACUGGAACCUAAUCUCUUUUUAAGCUAAUAUGGUACUAAGUUACAGUGUAUGAAACCACAGGACCAAAAGGAUGGAAACUUAUCUUUCAUAAGAACCCAAGGCUUGACAGCUUGUUAUUUUUAAUGUGUAAUACUAGAGGAACAAGAGAAUUGCAUCCAACAUUGUUAUAAAUAAAAGAAAGCACAUCAGUCAUCAAGG